AUGACUGCUAUGAAACAAAAACGUUCUCGGGAUAUCUUGAAACCUUACCAUUUUGAUCCUUCAAUUGAUGAUACAAUGCUCUGCUCCAUGCUACCGCCUACAACAACUGCUGACCCUGAACAACUACAAGAACCAGAGCAUGAACAGCAACAACAUAAUAAUCCGUUCAAUUGCUGUCAGGAAGUCAAGGUUAAGAUGGCCGAUCAGCAAAAGUUAUAUUUGUUGCCUGAGAAACGUACUAACAAUAUUUUCAAUUCAAAGUCUGCUAUGUUCGUGUAUUGCAACAUCCCACAAAUGAGCUUGGUUCAGUCGUUCCUGGACCUUAACACUUCUCUUCUUGCCACUGACGUCACUCUAGAUAGAAAUUCGUUUUCUUUAGACUCGACAAUUGAUAUACCGUUUGACCAAUCUGUUCAAGAUCCAUACUCUUACCGGUCAAACUCUCCGGAGGUAGCACCUCAAUCCACAGCAUGCUUCUCAGUAAAUUCCAAUUUAGCACCCGUGGAAACAUUCACAACCUUAUUGGAGGCAGCCGUCAAUUCUAAAAGACAAAUGCUUCAAUAUAGACAACAAAUCAAAAUCAAUGGUCUUAAUUUUUCAGAAUCAACGUUCCUUGACCAUUCAUGCAUACUGCUGGUACGUGGGCGUAGCUUUGGGGGAAAUUGCAGCAGACCUCCCAAGACACCAUUAAUUCCUGGAACUCGCUCGGUAUGUUACUGCCCAUCUAAGACUGGAGAACAAUACAAAUGA